UCCUCAACUCUCUCCCUGCCCCUCUCACUCUCUUCAAACUUUUCAAACAACCUCAAUUCUUACAAAUUUCCCAAACACACACCUUCUUAGCUCUCUUAACUACUCAUACUAAAUAAAUUAGUACACACUCCCUUCAAAAAUAGAGAACCAUGGCUACCUCAGGGAUAUCAAACACGUGGAUUAACACCAAAACCAAACUCAAUUCUAAUUCCCCCUUCAAGGAUUUGGGCUCCUCAAGUUUCACACCAAAGAUCUCAAUCACCUUCAAGAAGGGGUCCACCUCCACAAUCAGCAGCAAUAAAACCGUUUCAUGCUCGCUUCAAACACUUCACUUCCCCAAAAAGUACCAACCCGCAAAAACCGCCACCACCACCACCAAAACCGCCACUCCCGCAAAGGAAAACACCGCCAAAACAUUGCCCCAAAAGUGGAACCUUCUACAGAAAGCGGCGGCCACCGCUCUAGACCACGUCGAAUCCGCCUUGGUUCGCCGCGAGCGCCAGACCCCGCUUCCUAAAACCGCCGACCCGCGAGUCCAAAUCGCCGGUAACUUCGCUCCGGUCCCGGAGCAUCCCGUCACCCACUCCCUUCCUGUCACCGGCAAAAUCCCCAAAUGCAUUGACGGUGUGUACCUCCGCAACGGCGCAAACCCCCUCCACGACCCCGUCGCCGGGCACCACUUCUUUGACGGUGAUGGUAUGGUCCACGCCAUGAAAUUCAACAACGGCUCCGCUAGCUACGCCUGCCGGUUCACCCAGACAGAGCGGUUGGUCCAGGAGAAAUCCCUCGGCCGCCCCAUUUUCCCCAAAGCAAUCGGUGAACUCCACGGCCACUCCGGCAUCGCGCGGCUCGCGUUGUUCUACGCCCGCGCCGCCUUAGGCAUCGUCGACAGCAGCCACGGCAUGGGCGUAGCCAACGCCGGACUAGUCUACUUCAACAACCACCUCCUCGCCAUGUCAGAAGACGAUUUACCUUACCACGUCCGCGUCUCGCCUAACGGCGACUUAACCACGGUCGGCCGUUACAACUUCAAUGAUCAGCUCAAAACUACAAUGAUCGCCCAUCCCAAAGUUGAUCCAGUUGACGGCACCCUCCACGCGUUGAGCUACGACGUGGUUCAGAAGCCUUACCUCAGGUACUUCCGUUUCUCCGAAAACGGCGUCAAAUCCCCUGACGUGGAGAUUCCCCUCAAAGAUCCCACCAUGAUCCACGAUUUCGCGAUCACCGAGAAUUUUGUGGUGGUUCCUGACCAGCAGGUGGUGUUCAAAUUAGGCGAAAUGAUUCGCGGUGGGUCCCCCGUUGUCUAUGACAAGGAGAAGGUCUCGAGAUUCGGAAUCCUUGACAAGAAUGCCAAGGAUUCCAAAGCAAUGAGAUGGAUAGAAGCACCCGAGUGCUUCUGUUUCCAUCUCUGGAACGCGUGGGAGGAGCCCGAGAAUGAUGAGGUUGUUGUAAUUGGCUCCUGCAUGACCCCUGCUGACUCCAUUUUCAACGAGUGUGACGAGAAUUUGAAGAGCGUGUUGUCAGAAAUUAGGCUCAAUUUGAAAACAGGCAAGUCAACUCGUAGACCCAUUAUUGAAGAAUCUGAGCAAGUUAACUUGGAAGCUGGCAUGGUUAACAAGAACAUGCUAGGGAGGAAGACGCAAUUCGCUUACCUCGCUCUCGCGGAGCCGUGGCCUAAAGUGUCCGGGUUUGCGAAAGUGGACCUGUACACAGGCGAGGUGAAGAAGUACAUCUAUGGGGAUCAGAGGUUCGGCGGUGAACCUCUAUUCCUCCCUAGAGACAUCAAUUCUGAGAGGGAAGAUGAUGGGUAUAUUUUGACAUUUGUACAUGAUGAGAAGGAAUGGAAAUCUGAGCUGCAGAUUGUGAACGCAAUGAAUUUGAAGUUGGAGGCUACCAUUCAGCUUCCAUCCAGGGUUCCCUAUGGUUUCCAUGGAACCUUCAUUGAAUCAGAGGACUUGAAGAAGCAAGCUUGAUGAUUAGAGCUUCUCUUCAACUGAGUUCCUUUUUUACUUGCUGGUUUGUGAAAGGAGAGAGAUUUAUCCGAGGGAUGCUGCAGAUAUGUCCCCGAAAUCUUCUCCUCUGUUUUUACUGCAGAAGAUUUUUAUUUCUGCAUUCUUUCUUCUUCUUUUUUUAUCAAUUUUUGGUUUUUUUUGGGACCAGCUUGAAGCUUUUGGCUGUAGUUAGUAUUGAAGCUCAGCUGGUCUCUGCUUGUUACUUUCACUUGAUGUGCAUGAAAGUAUUAAUCACAGUAUAGGAUGUGAUAUGAUGAAUGAUGAUAUGUGUUUGUGGUCAGUACUACUGUAAACUUUUGUUCAGCACAGUUUUCUGUUGAAAAUAUCUGAAAUAAUGCAUAUUUCACUACUGUUACAAUUAUCA